GACGGGAAAUAGAAGAAGAAGAAAAGGAAGUCACACCGGGAUCGUUUUGAAUGAACCCGAAGCUGUGAUAAGUUGCUAUUUUAAAAAAAUAUACCAGCAUUGUUUGGUUUUGCUGGAGCUGCGGUCUGCUGUUCGGCCUUGUUAUGUCCGGGAUACCUCCAGACACAUGGCAGCCGCCCACCGUGGCUGUGGAGACGACGAUGGGGACAGUUGUGGUGGAGCUCUACUGGAACCAUGCACCAAAAACCUGCAAGAACUUCGCAGAGCUGAGCAGAAGAGGCUACUACAACAACACCAAGUUUCACCGGAUCAUCAAAGACUUCAUGGUGCAGGGAGGAGACCCUACAGGGACAGGUCGAGGCGGUGCCUCCAUCUAUGGUAAACAGUUUGAGGAUGAGCUUCACCCGGAGCUGAAGUUCACAGGCGCUGGGAUUCUGGCCAUGGCCAACGCGGGACCAGACACCAACGGAAGUCAGUUCUUCCUCACUCUCGGACCCACUCAGUGGCUGGACGGGAAGCACAGUAUUUUUGGAAGAGUGAGCCAAGGGAUGGGAGUGCUGAACCGGAUUGGGCUGGUGGAAACAAACAGUCAAGAUCGUCCGGUCGAUGAUAUUAAAAUUGUCAGAGCCACUGUACCUCUUUAGACAAAUAUUUUUUUAAUUUGUAUUUUUUUUUUACUGAUUUGUAAAAUAAAUAUUUGAAAACAUU